AUGUUUCUCCUAUUAAUAUGUUUGUUUGAGACCGCCAAUUCUUUGAAGUUGCCCGGUUGCAAUGUGCCGGUGGUGAGUUGCGAUUGCAUCACAUUUGACGACAAAUUGCAGACGGACUAUAAGAAUGGAGAGGAUUACGAUUUCGUGCGAAUGAUGGAAUUCGAAGAUUCCAUCGAACUAAAUGGAGUACUUCUUCGAAAAUUGGGGCCGAUGUCCGGCGAGUUUGUGAUGCGAUUCGUUGCGAGACCCGGCCGAUUGGCGAUCUACAAAAACGAGCGAACCUUCGAGGAUUUCGAGAUUCCAUUCAAGUCUUGGAAAAUUUCGCGAAUUCAAAUCAAAGGAAUGAAGUCGACUCGAUAUUUGAAGCAGUUUUUGCCCGGUUGCAAUGUGCCGGUGGUGAGUUGCGAUUGCAUCACAUUUGACGACAAAUUGCAGACGGACUAUAAGAAUGGAGAGGAUUACGAUUUCGUGCGAAUGAUGGAAUUCGAAGAUUCCAUCGAAGUGAGCGGCACAUUGUUAUCGUCGAACAAAUCUCGAGUGAAUUUGAUCAUUUUCAAAAAUUCCUCGAAUUAUCAGCUAUUCAAUAUCAAUUUGCACAGUGAAGGCAAUAUUCCGUUCCUCUCGUAUAUCAAUCAGUAUAGUCUGCUAAGUGGAGUAUUUCUUCGAAAAUUGGGGCCGAUGUCCGGCGAGUUUGUGAUGCGAUUCGUUGCGAGACCCGGCCGAUUGGCGAUCUACAAAAACGAGCGAACCUUCGAGGAUUUCGAGAUUCCAUUCAAGUCUUGGAAAAUUUCGCGAAUUCAAAUCAAAGGAAUGAAGUCGACUCGAUAUUUGAAGCAGAAUUGCAAUUGUAGAUCAAUAGCUCAAAAAUCGCAAGAUUUGAAGAAUUGCCUGAAUAUCUAG